AUGGUGGUGCCCAGGCUGGGCCGCAGCGUCGGGCAUCUCUUGGACAGACUGUGCAGACAUUCAGGGCUACUGGCCCAGCCACUCAGCGGAGCCACUGCACGUAGGGGGCAGGCCUCGGGGCGCCCCGGCAGCAACCCCGGGGCUCCGCCUGGAUCGUACUCGGCGCUGAGAGCACAAGCAGCCCGGGAGCCAGCCGCCUUUUGGGGGCCACUAGCCCGAGACACGCUAGUGUGGGACACCCCUUUCCAUACUGUCUGGGACUGUGACUUCAGCAGUGGCAAAAUUGGCUGGUUCCUGGGAGGCCAGUUAAACGUGUCUGUCAACUGCUUGGACCAGCAUGUUCAGAAGUCUCCAGAGAGUGUUGCUUUGAUCUGGGAGCAAGAUGAACCUGGUACUGAAGUAAGGAUUACAUACAGGGAGCUUCUGGAGACCACAUGCCGCCUGGCCAACACACUGAAGAGACAUGAAGUUCAUCGAGGGGACCGUGUGGCCAUAUACAUGCCUGUGUCUCCACUGGCUGUGGCAGCAAUGCUGGCUUGUGCCAGGAUUGGUGCCAUCCACACGGUUGUCUUUGCUGGCUUCAGUGCAGAGUCCUUAGCUGGGAGGAUCAAUGAUGCCAAGUGCAAGGUUGUUAUCACUGUGAACCAGGGGCUCCGGGGUGGCCGUGUACUAGAGCUGAAGAAAAUUGUGGAUGAAGCUGUGAAGCUCUGUCCCACUGUGAGAUGUGUUCUUGUGGCCCACAGGACAGACAAGAAAGUCAGCAUGGGGAAGCUGGAUGUUGUCCUGGAGCAGGAAAUGGCCAAGGAGAAUCCUGAGUGUGCCCCAGAAAGCAUGAACAGCGAAGAUAUGCUUUUCCUGCUGUAUACUUCAGGGAGCACAGGAACACCCAAGGGGCUUGUCCACACCCAGGCAGGCUACCUGCUCUACGCAGCACUGACUCAUAAGCUUGUGUUUGACUACAAGCCAGGGGACGUCUUUGGAUGUGUGGCUGACAUUGGCUGGAUCACAGGACAUAGCUAUGUGGUAUAUGGACCACUUUGCAAUGGAGCCACCAGCGUCCUUUUUGAGAGCACCCCAGUUUACCCUGAUGCCGGUCGGUACUGGGAGACAGUGCAGAGACUGCAGAUCAGCCAGUUCUACUGUGCCCCAACAGCUGUGCGGCUGUUGCUAAAGUAUGGUGAUGCCUGGGUCAAGAAGUAUGAUCUCUCUUCCCUACGGACCCUGGGCUCAGUGGGAGAACCAAUCAACCACGAGGCCUGGGAGUGGCUGCACAAGGUGGUGGGGGACAGUAGAUGCACAUUGGUCGACACCUGGUGGCAGACAGAGACAGGCGGCAUCUGCAUUGCGCCACGGCCCUCGGAGGAGGGUGCAGAGAUUGUCCCCUGUAUGGCCAUGAGACCUUUCUAUGGCAUUGUACCAGUAAUUAUGGAUGACAAGGGGAGCGUUAUGGAGGGCAAUGGCAUCUCUGGUGCACUGUGCUUCUCGCAGGCAUGGCCAGGCAUGGCCAGGACCAUCUACGGGAACCACGCUAGAUUCUUGGAUGCCUACUUCACAGCAUACCCUGGCUACUACUUCUCUGGAGAUGGUGUGUACCGUACCCAGAGUGGUUACUACCAGAUUACAGGAAGGGUGGAUGAUGUCAUCAACAUCAGCGGGCACCGUGUGGGAACAGCAGAAAUCGAGGAUGCGAUGGCUACCCACCCAUCAGUUCCAGAAGCCGCUGUCAUUGGCAUCCCUCAUGACAUCAAGGGUGAAGCUGCUUUUGCCUUCAUUGUGUUGAAAGAUGAUGUGGCUAACUCAGACGUGGUGGAGAAAGAGCUCAAGUCAACAGUGGCCACCAAGAUUGCCAAGUACGCUGUGCCUGAUCAGAUUCUGGUUGUGAAACGUCUCCCCAAAACACGGUCUGGAAAAGUCAUGAGGCGGCUUCUGCGGAAGAUAGUCACCAGCAGCUCUCAGGACCUGGGCGAUACCACCACACUGGAGGACCCCAGUGUCAUCACGGAGAUACUGAAUGCCUACGAGAAGUAUAAACAACCAAAAUGUUAG